CUGUCACAGCAGCCACUUACGGACACACGGUUCGGCUUGUUGUUGUUGUUGUUCUUAUUAUUAUUACUUAUUAUUAUUAUUACUUCUUGUUGUUGUUGUUGUUGUUGUUGUUAUUACUUCUCUGCCUUUCCUGUCACAGCACCCACUUCCGGAAACACGGUUCGGCUCGCCGCCCCGUGCGCAUGCGCAGUACGCUGCGCGCCUCCCGAGCCUUGAGGAAUGUACCAAGUGGAGAGGGGCGCCCAAGGAAGGCUCCGGGAUUUGACAGGAAUUUUUAAAAAAACAACAACCACGGCAGGAAACUCAUAGAAACUCUCCUGCCAUUAAUGGUCUCUUCUAAAUCUGUAAAGAUUGGGAGGGGUUUGUCCCCUUUUUUAAAAUAUUGGUACAUUCCGUCCUGAGGUAGCAAAUCAAGGCAGCUACGGAAGCCUGCGCGGGCCUUAACGCCUCCGCUGAGUUGUCUCCUAGGUGAGCGCGUCAGUUUUCUCUUUUCCUGUCAGGAGGCGCUACGGAAGCCUGCGAGGGCCUCAAAGCCUCCGCUGGGUUGUCGCCUAGGUGAGCGCGGCAGUUUUUUCCCUUCCGUCAGCGCUGCCAACGUGGAGCCGGCCGGGCCUGAGGCGAGGAAGGCGGAAGUCCCCGAGGAGGAGGAGGAGGAGGAGGAGGCAGGCCAUGGAAGGCGCCCCGGAGAAGGGCAAGAUGGUUGAUUCUACCUUAGCAGAAAUGGGAAAGAAUCUCAAUGAGGCCAUGAAGCUGCUUGAAGAUAAUCAAAGGAAAGUGGAGGAAGAACAUGAAAAAAAGUAUACAAGAAAAGAUAUUCCUGGUCCACUUCAAGGCAGCGGGCAAGACAUGGUAAGCAUUCUGCAGUUGGUUCAGAACCUUAUGCAUGGAGAUGAGGACGAAGAAUCACUACAGUCUUACCGGCUUCAGAACGUUGGCGAAAAGGGUCACAUGGCUCUUUUGGGACACAGCCUGGCAGCUUACAUUUCAGUGCUGGACAGAGAGAGGCUGAGAAAACUUACAACCAGGAUCCUUUCUGACACGACUUUGUGGCUUUGCAGGCUCUUCAGAUUUGAAAACGGCUCAGCAUAUUACCAUGAAGAUGACCGUGAGGGCGUUCUAAAAAUCUGCAGACUCGUUAUCCAUUCUCGCUAUGAAGACUAUACGACCGAAGGCUUUAAUGUGCUAUAUUCCAAACAGCCAGUGAUAUACGUUAGUUCUGCAGCCAGGUCUGGAUUAGGCCAGUCUCUUUGCAACCAGCUGGGCUUACCCCUCUCCUGUAUGUGUCAUGUGCCUUGCAACACUAUGUUUGGUUCUCAGCAUCAAAUGGAUGUUGCUUUAUUGGAUAGACUGAUUAAAGAGGACAUUGAAUCCGGGAAGCUGCCAAUAUUACUAGUGGCCAAUGCUGGUACGCCAGGAGCAGGCCAUACUGACAAACUGGGCCGAUUGAAAGAACUCUGUGAGCAGCAUAGUAUGUGGCUACAUGUAGAAGGGGUAAACUUGGCCACCUUGGCUUUGGGCUACGUCUCUUCAUCUGUACUGACAGCCACGAAAUGUGACAGCAUGACGCUGACUUUAGGGCCUUGGCUGGGUCUCCCGGCAGUCCCUGCAGUGACGCUUUACAGACACGAGGACCCGUCUUUGUCCUUAGCAGCAGGCCUGACCUCCAGCCAGGCCGUGGACAAGCUCCGUGCGCUGCCCCUGUGGCUCUCCCUGCAAUACCUUGGACACAACGGGAUUGUGGAAAGGAUAAAGCACGCCUCUCACUUGAGUCAACGACUUUUGGAAAACUUGAAGAACCAGGAUUUCAUUAAAACCUCGGUUGAAGAUGAACUUAGCUCUCCCGUGGUGGUUUUCAAAUUUUCCCCAGAAUAUCCACAUAAAGAUUCAGAUCCCAUGUUGCAAGCUACACAAAUACCUCCAAUGACUGGAAAUGAGAGAUACAUCUGCGAUACUUUUAAUCAAUGGCUGGGAGACCAGUUGGCCCAGUUGGUGCCUGCCAGUGGGGUCGACAUUGUGGAACUGGAGGACGAAGGCACCUGUGUGCGCUUUAGCCCCUUAAUGACUUCUGCAGUUUUAGGGACAGAAGUGCAAGACGUGGACCAGCUGGUGGAGUGCUUGAAGAUGAAGGUCCCGGUGCUGACGUGCACCCUGCAGCUGAGAGAGGAAUUUGAGCACCAAGUGCGGAGGACCCUCGGCCUGGCCUUCGUGGAAGAUCUCACCUGGCCCGGGCUGGGAGUCAUCAGGUAUGAGGGACAGAACGAAGACCAACAAGAAAAAGACAGAGAAAAGAUUAACGCCGGGCUUCUGAAAAAACUGAACGAGCUCGAAUCAGAUUUGGUGUUUUCCUUAGGUCCAGAAUUUGGAGGGGAGAAAAACUGUAUUUAUAUCGGGAUGGCCACCGAGGAUCUGGAUGUUUCUGAGCUCGUUGAAACUAUUGCAGCGACAGGCCGCGAAAUUGAAGAAAAUUCACGGCUGCUGGAAAACAUGACCGAAGUUGUUCGGAAAGGCAUUGAGGAAGCGCAGGUUCAGCUGCAGAAAGCCAACGAGGAAAGGCUCUUGGAAGAGGGCCUGCUCCGGCAAAUCCCAGUCGUGGGCUCCGUGCUGAACUGGUUUUCCCCAUUCCAUGCUUCACCCAAGGGACAAACAUUUAACCUCACAGCAGGUUCUUUAGAAUCGACAGAAUCCACAUACGCUUCUAAAGCACAGGGCAGCGGGACCACCCCGCCUCCGACCCCGACUUCGAGCCGUAAUAAGCAAAGGUUACCUGGACAAAAGCGGUUUCGGAGGUCUUUGAGGAACUCGGACGCGUUCAGCGAGACCAGCUCCGUGAGUCACGCCGACGACUUGGACCGCGGAGAACCACGCUGGCCCAGCGCUUCCCCGGCCGGGCAAGAAGCAAGUCCCGAUCCGGUUGAGCCGAGCGAGCCUCUGGCACCGGACACGACGGGAGAGAAGCCCCCGACCCCGGCGGGAGCCGACAUCACUCCGCCGGAACCAGAAGUGAGUUUGAGAUAAAAACGGAAACCCUGCAAAUCAUAGCUUUGCACAGAAAUGCACUCUCUGUAUCUCGGGAUCGUUUAGCAAGACGUUUCUAAUGUCAACGGAGAUCUGGCACGGAGGACGGUUUGCUCUCCCCGUUUGCCUUCUUUGUGGGGUUUUGUUUCCACUCAACACCCUUUGUUGGUCUUGUCGAGGGUUGUGUUUGCACAGCUUUGGCCCCUUCGCAACUAACAGUGAGGUCUUGACCCCAGGCGGCGUCUUCACCACGUGGGUUGUUUUCAAUUGAAUUACUAAUUCAGAUGUGUAUUGAAAUAGGGUUCAUAUAAUAAUUUUUAAGGGGACUCGGAGCAGCUUACAUGGGGACGAGCAGCCCGGUCGACAUCACAGAAUAUAAUCACAUUAAAGUACACACACAGUAUCAUAAAACAGAAUGAAACAACAAUUAUAAACAAUAGAAUAAAACAAUCUCAAACAAACCACCAAUGAGCCUGUAAUAAAGUCCAUUUCUAGGCAUGGGUGGGCGGGCUGGUGGAAAUCACUUGUGAAAAUAGGGAUACUUGAUGAAAUUCCUAAGUCGGAUGAGUAGGGGUGAGCAGUGUAAGAUGGGGAAUAAUAUCUUUGGGUAGAGGAGAACAGGAAAGUGAAAGGACAGAUUUCUUGGAGCCAGAUUAUUUAGGGGAUGGUCUAGUCCAGUGGUUCCCAAACUUAUUUGGCCUGCCGCCCCUUUUCCAGAAAAAAUAUUACUCCGCGCCCCCUGGAAAUUAAUUUUUUUAAAAAAAUUUAAUAGCAAUUAAACAGAAAGAUAUUAAUCUAUUAAUGUUUCUACCUUUUUUGUAAAAUGUAGUAAAGAAAGGUGUACAUUAGAAACAUUGAAGUUUGAAAUUCUGAAACUAUUUGUUGAAUUUAAAAUAGAAGGUUAAUACAAAAAAAUGCACCUGUGGCCAUCACCGCCCCCCUGGAUCACUGCAGCGGCCACCAGGGGGCGGUAGCGCCCACUUUGGGAACCACUGGUCUCGUCAAAAGCACAGCAGAACAUCCAUGUCUGUUUGAUGGUACUGAGCAUGUUCAGACUCAAGACUCCUUUUUGUAGUCAGUCUGAUUUACACCUCCGUGGAGUAAGUGUGUGAUGUGGGAGGGUUUAGGUCUGUUCAAGAAACCUAUCGAUUUCAGCUAUCCUAUUUUUGAAUUAUAGUAGAGUCCCGCUUAUCGGACUUCCGCUCAUCCGACACACCGUAUUAUCCGACGCCCAGGGCUGCCCACCCUCGCUCACCCGCUCGCCCGGGCCAGCCGGGACCUGGUUCUGCGUGAGCGAGGGAGGGCGGGUGGCAAAGGAGCAGCGGCGACAGAAGCUUCCUCCUGCUCUUCCUCCUGCUCAUGGAAUGUUCUACAUUCUCCCAAUUACAGAAGUCUUCACAAGACAGCACAAAUCUUACCCAACUCGAAACAGCCGAGUUGCUAAAUACGUCAUUCCUCACUGUAAGCUGCCGGGAACCCCUAGUUUGUCGUUCCUUUCUUCCCUGUUUUAAGGGCCACUCAAGAAGCAAACCCAGAAGGGAAAUGUUGCAUUGAUAGCAGGCCUGGGCAAACUUGGGCCCUCCAUGUUACGGACUUCCAACUCCCACCAUUCCUAACAGCCGCUCAAGCGUGUGGUGUGGGAGCGGUUAUAGACAUUUGAUGGUACUGAGCAUGUUCAGACUCAAGACUCCUUUUUGUAGUCAGUCUGAUUUACACCUCCAUGGAGUAAGUGUGUGGUGUGGGAGGGGUUAUAGACAUUUGAUGGUACUGAGCAUGUUCAGACUCAAGACUCCUUUUUGUAGUCAGUCUGAUUUACACCUCCGUGGAGUAAGUGUGUGGUGUGGGAGGGGUUAUACAUUUGAUUGUACUGAGCAUGUUCAGACUCAGAACUCCAUUUUGCAGUCAGUCUGAUUUACACCUCAGUGGAGGUGGAUGCAUGUCACUUAAACGGCUGAGAAGGGGCUUGAGAGUGUUAGGAAUGGUGGGAGUUGCAGUCCAAAACACCUGGAGGGCCCAUGUUUGCCCAUUCCUGAUUUAUCGUAAUGAUGAUCACCCCCCAAAAAUUUUUUCGUGAAGCACUUGAACUGACUUGUUGCAUGUCUGUGAUUUCCCCUUUAUUCUUCUUAACCGGUUUUUCUCACCAGUAGCUCUUUCUCUUUGUUUGAUAUUGUAAAUAUCCAGAGAAAUUAUUAGAUUAUAUGCACACUACUGCACUGUUUAUAAAAAAGGAGAUAAAAAAGAAAUAUUCUUAGGCUGCUAUUGUAAAUCCAAGAACAAAUCAUUCAGGAAUCGGUUCCUUCAGAUUUGCGACUGUUGAGCCUGCACCUUGCUGCACCGGGGGACAAAAGUCAUCGCAAUUGUCAGAGCGAGAUGCUACGAUCCAACCCCAUGUUCACCUAAAAGGGAGCACGAACUACGUCUCUUUUAUUAAUGAAGGACUUUCCUAUAAGUUGGUAGUUAUAUGUUGUUAAAAAGCUUUCAUGGCCAGAAUCACUGGGUUGCUGUGAGUUUUCCGUGCUGUCUGUCCAUGUUCCAGAAGCAUUCUCUCCUGGCAUUUCGCCCACAUCUAUGGCAGGCAUCCUCAGAGGUUGUGAGGUCUGUUGGAAACUCGGCAAGUGGGAUUUAUAUAUCUGUGGAAUGAUGUCCAGGGUGGGAGAAAGAACUCUUGUCUGUUGGAGGCAAGUGCAAAUGUUGCAAUUACGUAAUUACCUUGAUUAUCAUUGAAAAGCCUUUCAGUUUCAAAGUCUGGCUGCUUCCUGCCUGAGGGAAUCCGUGUUGGGAGGUAUGGAAUGUCCAGGGCGGGAGAGACAACUUUUGUAUGUUGGAGGCAAGUGUGAAUGGUGCAGUUGGACAACUUGAUUAAUAAUAAUAAUAACAACAACAACAACAACAACUUUAUUCUUAUACCCUGCCCCAUUUCCCCGAAGGGACUCGGGGCGGCUUACAUGGGGCCAAGCCCGAACAGAACAAUAAUAACAAUUACCACCGAAUUACCACCGAAUAGCUCUGCAGCUUCAAAGCCUGGCUGCUUCCUGUUUGGGGGAAUCCUUUUUUUGGGAUGUGUUAGCUGGCCCUGAUGGUUUCCUAUCUGGAAUUCUCCUGUUUUCUGAGCGUUGCUCUUCAUUUACUGCCCUGAUUUUAAUACUGGCAGCCAGAUUGUGUUCGUUUUCAUGGCGUUUCCCUCCUUUCUGUUGAAAUUGUCCACGUGCUUGUGGGUUUCAGUGGCUUCUGUGCAGGAAGCAGCCAGGCUUUGAAGCUGCAAGGCCAUUCUGUGCUAAUCAAAGUGGACAAUGGCACCAUUCUCACUUAUCUUUCUCCCACUAUGGACAUCAUUCCACAGGUUUAGUUAUAAACCCCACUGGCCUAGUUUCCAGCAACUCACAACCACCGAGGAUGCCUGCCAUAGAUGUGGGCGAAACAUCAGGAGAGAAUGCUUCUGGAACUUGGCUCAGAAAACUCACAGCAACCUUAAUAGUGAUGAUUUCUUGCCCUUAUGCAAAUAAGCCUAUUUUUCAGAGCUCAGCCAGAACGGGGUUGCAAUAUCCUCCAAAGCAAUCUGCUAAUUGAUUUAAAUUACCAAAUUACCAAAAAUUUAAAUUACCGCUUGUACAGUCCAUCCACCCUCCUCUUGGAUACAAGGCAUUGGUAAAUAUCCAUUUCCGUGUGGCGAGGUUUAUAAUAAGUUCACGUUGUUUCUCUAGAUAAAAGAGUCGAUAUUUAAACUGCAGAUUGAAUUAUUGUCUUCCUUACUUAACGUUGGUGCAAUGAAUAAAGAAAUUCCAGUUAUAUUCACGCGGGUUCCUCGAGGGGAAAGGGUUAGAAUUAUAACCAUUAAUACAGAUUUUAAUGUUUUUUCUACUGUUGAAUGGGCAGUUUUGCUGGAAUAAAGACCUACAUUUCAGUACUUUCCCUGUGCUUCAAUAAAUGUCCUGGAAAUUGUUUUA